UGACCCAUCUCCAGCGCCUUGUAGUAUCUCCGGCUCCCCCCACAGUCCUGCCGUUGCUGCCGAAGUUACCAUUAGCAACUGGGCAGCGCCCGGCUCAACACUCACCGCAGCUGCUGAUGUCCUGGUCAAUACAGUAGGUAGAUAACCUUACAUUUCACCACGGAUUGUCAUUUUAGCGCUUUUAAAGACGGUCGGACACAUUAACUUCAGAUAUUAACUCUGUAAGGUAAACUCUUCCAAAUUUUCAGACAUAAGUAAAGGCCUUGACAGACAAGCAGAUCAUAGGCUUUUGGGAUGUCAGUUAGGCUGGCCAUGGUUCACACGUAAGGUCACAGUGAGUGGCACUGCCAUGUUGCCAGGAGUUGGGGUGUUUGGCACAGGGAGCACAGCCCGGGUGCUGGUCCCGUUGUUGAAAGCUGAAGGCUUUGAGGUUCAUGCACUCUGGGGUCGAAGCGAGGAGGAAGCAUGCUGCUUGGCAAAGGAGCUUGGCAUCCCAUUUCACACCAGCCGAUCUGAUGACGUCCUGCUGCACCAAGAUGUCGAUCUUGUUUGCAUCUAUAUUCCACCCUCAAUGACGAGGCAGAUUGCUGUCAAAGCGCUGGGUAUAGGUAAGAAUGUUGUGUGUGAGAAAGCUGCAACUGCUGUGGAUUCAUUCAAGAUGGUGACUGCAGCCAGAUACUACCCCCAGCUGCUCAGCAUUAUGGGUAAUACCCUGCGCUUCCUGCCGGCUUUUGUUGCAAUGCGCCAGCUGCUGGUGGAGGGAUAUGUUGGCGAAAUGCAGGUGUGCGAUGUCCGAGUCUACGGCCCAAGCCUCCUGGACCAGUCGUACGGCUGGACCUGUGAGGAGCUGAUGGGAGGAGGUGGUCUACACACUGUCGGCUCUGCCAUCAUCGACCUUCUGAGUUACCUGACUGGUGCUCGAGCCCAUCGUGUACAUGGCUUACUGCGGACCUUUGUGCAACAAAACGGUUUGAUCCGAGGCAUCCGCCGCGUCACCAGCGACGACUUUUGUUUUUUCCAAAUGUUGAUGGGGGGAACUGGGUCUAGCUCUGGUGGUGUGUGUUGCACUGUGACCCUGAACUUCAACAUGCCAGGGUCAUUUGUGCACGAGGUCAUGGUAGUUGGAUCCACUGGACGGCUGGUUGCCAGAGGGACAGAACUGUAUGGGCAACGCAAUGGGAGUAAAGGUGAGGAGCUGUUGCUAGGCGACAGUGGAUGGGUGGGACCAGAGGUGAAAGAGAUGCCCUUGCCUCACCUGCGGGGGCUGAGCUCCAUGGUAAAGGCACUGAGACAGUCUUUUCAGGCUCACGAGGAGCGUAGGUCAUGGGCACGAGGACCAGUUGCCAUGGCACCAACAUUUGAGGAUGGCCUGUAUGUGCAGACGGUGGUCGAGGCGGUGAAACGGUCCAGCUGUAGUGGAGAAUGGGAGUGUGUUGAGAUCAUGAGCCAGGAGCCAGAUCCGAAUCACAACCUGUGUGAGGCUCUGCAGAGAAAUAAGAACUAAAUAUAUUUAUACACCCAGUGCAACUACUACAUGUCUGACAAAACUGGGCUCUGAAUGUUGCUCCUUUACUUCAGCUGCUUUGGCAGUUUUCAUUACACAUGACUACUCUGCAUUUUCACAUUCUUUCACAUUUUGAACAGAAUAUUUUAUUUUAGAGAAUAUAACUGUGUUGUGGAUGUUUGUACCAUCACAGUUGUUUGUACACUAAAUUGUCAUCCACAGCUCCAUUAUUCCGAUUCUCCACAGAAAAUAUUAUAAAAGCGCUAUAUUAAGUUUAAGUGUGCCAGUAUCUGCCAUGCCAAAAAGUAGACGCAGUCCCUAUUCUCACUGAAGCUGAAAGUCAUGGAGUCGUGACUGCAAAGUGUCACCUGUUAUUAAGACACCACACCUACGUCAAAUAUUGGCUGAGAGCAAAACUGCUUAGGACUCAAAUCAACAAGUGAAUGUCUGACCACAGCCUCUUUUUCCACUUCGAGGAGUUUGCCUGGAUACAUUAAUGUCAAAAGCAAAAUGCAUAAAGUCCAAAUAAGUACCUUAUCCUUGCAGUUGGACGACAAGAACACACGUGUUCCUCAAGUAUGCCGGAUUAUUUUUUUAAUAUUUCCCUUUUUUUUCUCUGAGUUUUUAGGUUUACAUUAUCAGAGCAGCGGCUGAAGUGUUUGCAAGAGUUGGAUGUUACCAUACUCCAUGAAAUGGUGGACUAGGCAUCGGCACUGUCAAUCCCAAAACGUCCACAAGCAUAUACAGAAUGUUUGGGUUCAGCACAGUUUGUCCAAGCUGUUAAUUCGGACAUUGUGAGGUUAAAAUCUUACAGUAGGUUUACAGUCCAACUAAGAUAACAUUUGGAUCUCUAUUGUAUAUAACAUUUAUAUAUUUAUGAAUAAUUUGGUUUUAAUGUAUUCCCAACACCAAUAGCACCUUGAUCUGAAUGGAAGUGUUUACCUCAGACAUAAAUGUGAUUAUCAAAGCAUGUUAAAGAUUUGUAUAACAAAAUACUUUCACUUGUUGCAGUGUGAUGAUUCUGUCUGAAUUUGAAUGAUUCUCCAGUGGAGAUCAACCUCUGUACAAUUCAGAAUAAGAAUAAUGGAGCUGUGUAUAUUUUUUUUUCCUAAAUGUGUGAUGAUAAGCAUAAAUUUAGAUUGUUGAAAAGAUUGCAAGAGGGGCUAGUAGGUUUUUUAUGUUAUGGCUUGCCGUGGCAAACAGAAGAUACCAGGGAUUGAGUAAAAUAAGCUAUAUAGAGAACAGAAUAAUAAAAAGUCUGAUUUGUAGCAUUGACCCUCAAAAUGCCCAUAUCUUAAAGUGGUACUUCAUUAUAAAUUGAUCUUUUGAGUAUCACUCACACCCUAUAAGCUAGAAAAGAGGCUAUAAAAAAUUUGUAGUUUCCUACUUGUUAAACUAGAUUUCAGUAGUGACAUGUUUUCAUGGUAUCAAAACCAUCUAAACCCCUCAAACCACACCUGUCUCAUCUCAGUAUUUUCAGUCAUAAUUUCAUCAAAAUACCACUUCCAAAUAAAUACAUUACUUCAAGAAGCUUCAAGGAGAGUGAUAGUGCAACAAAGAUUCCUUGUGUCCUAGUAAUAUUUUGGUUCGAUGUUUACUGUUUGGAACAAACAGAACAUAUGUAAGGACAGGGUUCGGAAUGACCCCACCACCACCAGAGGGUUUAAUAGGAUUGUUUGGUCCAUGUUUUCCACUGUCAAAGCUUGUCAUCAAUGGUCAACUAUUUAACCACUGAAACUGACUGUGAAAGAGGAAACUACCAACUUUCAACAGCUCCCUGUCAAGCUUACACAGAGGACAGAUUAUAGGUGGAGUAACACGUUAAAUCUUUUUACAUUAGCAGAAACAGGCUUGUCCUAGAAAGAGACCUUUUAUUGAUAAACUGUCAAAGUUUUAGAUUCAAAGACUGAGUUUAAACUGUGUGUAAAAACUUCGUUUACAUGUGUUAACCAUUGAAGUAAUUUUAUAUGUUUUUACAUGAUUUUGUUUCAUGCAAUCCAUGCAUUAAAAAGUUAUUACAGAUGUUUGAAUCCAGAGGUCGGGGCCAUCACCCUUACACCAGUCAUCCUGAAACCUUGCUGAUCCUUUCAUUGAGUAGAACCACUGGAUUUGAUGUGCGUGAGAGUAGAAAUGUGUGCCUCUGAAGCGUUCAGACAAAGAGGCAGAAGUGUUAAACAGUUUACGGUUGAUGUAGUCACUCGCUGCAUCUAAGUUCUGCUGAAUAUCCUAAAAAGAAAGAUGGGGUGUACUGGUUUGAUUUGAUUGGUCUGCCCCCUUCUUAGAACCACGCAGGAUUUGCAAAUAAGGACACAUACACGUUACACGCUUACCUCACGCUAUCCCAACAGUGCUUUACAAAAACCUUAAAUCAAGUUUACAUUAAGUGUCUCUAACACAUUUGCCUGCAGGAUGCUCCAUAACCCACCACUAUUAAAAUACAUUCCAACCAAUUUUUCACCGUCUCGUCAACACAUGUUCUUGUUUUGUUUUUUUGCACUGAUAACUGAUAAAAUGCCACCUAUUUAAAAUGCAGUGUAAUGCUUGUACCAGACAGUUCACUGCAAAAAUGAAUUUAACAUUUGUCUGUUUAAGGAAGACUUUUUGUAUUUAUUUAUGUCUUGGUGUGGAAAAAGUUUCCCUGCAUUCAUUCUGUUCAGUGUUUGUGUUUUCAGCCUGUGAAUUUCUGUUUAAAGCUGUAAUAUUUAUCAUCUUUAGCUUUAGUGUUGUUUUAAUUGAUAAAUAAGGCUUUUUGAGCACAAUGUGUUGCAUUUAAGUCGGGAAACUGUACUGUUAAUCUGCCUGACAGAUAUUUCCUUUAAUAAAUACAGUUGUCUUCA